UUGGUCUUUGAUUCAAUACCCAUUUUCUUCGAUUUGGUGAUCUGCUUCUCAGACAUGAUGGUCGCGAUCUUUCCCUUUAAUGGGCACCCAAAAUUCUGAGGCGAGAAAGCGAUAAAGGAAGGGAAAGGGGAGACUGGAGAGUGUGAUUUGAUGGAAAUUCGGAGAUGGGUUUGUCUGAGAAGGUGAGGAGGAGGAGUAAUUUUAGGGGUUGCCUGAUUAUGCAUCGUGUAAGUUAGAUACUUAAAUUUGGCCCUGUAAUUGGGUUCGUGGGAGUGGGAUUUUUCUCUCUUUUUUGUUUGCUUGUUUUGAGUUGAUAUGGGUGGGUGUUUCCCUUGUUGUGGAUCCUCCGAUGAAGACGGUAAUGGAGUGAAGGAAUCUGCGAAGAAGAAGGAUUCAGCUAAGGAUGGCUCCACCGCCCAGGCUCACCAUGUUAGCAGAGUAAGCUCAGAUAAAUCGAAGUCGCGAAGUGUAUCCGAUACUAAGAAGGAACCAACAGUUCAAAAAGAUGGAACAACAGCACAUAUUGCAGCCCAAACAUUUACAUUUCGGGAGCUCGCUACAGCUACAAAGAACUUUAGACCAGAAUGCUUACUGGGAGAAGGGGGGUUUGGAAGGGUUUACAAAGGUCGCUUGGAGAGCACAGGACAGGUAGUGGCUGUGAAGCAGCUUGACCGUAAUGGUCUUCAAGGAAAUCGGGAAUUUUUGGUGGAGGUCCUGAUGCUUAGCCUGUUACAUCACCCGAAUCUUGUUAACUUGAUAGGCUAUUGUGCUGAUGGGGAUCAACGUCUUCUUGUUUAUGAAUUCAUGCCCUUGGGAUCGUUGGAAGAUCAUUUACAUGAUCUUCCACCAGAUAAGGAGCCUUUGGAUUGGAAUACUCGAAUGAAGAUUGCAGCUGGUGCCGCGAAGGGAUUGGAAUACUUGCAUGACAAAGCAAACCCCCCUGUCAUAUAUCGAGACUUGAAGUCGUCUAAUAUUCUUCUUGAUGAGGGCUACCACCCCAAGCUGUCAGAUUUCGGUCUUGCGAAACUGGGGCCAGUCGGUGAUAAGACUCACGUCUCGACGAGAGUGAUGGGAACAUAUGGUUAUUGUGCUCCGGAGUAUGCUAUGACUGGUCAGCUCACUCUCAAGUCAGAUGUAUAUGGUUUUGGAGUUGUCUUUCUAGAACUUAUCACAGGGCGUAAGGCGAUCGAUAAUACCAGAGGUCCGGGUGAGCAUAAUCUUGUAGCAUGGGCUCGGCCACUUUUUAAAGAUCGCCGGAAGUUCCCUAAGAUGGCCGAUCCACUGCUGCAAGGCCGGUAUCCUAUGCGGGGACUUUAUCAGGCAUUGGCAGUAGCGGCAAUGUGCUUGCAGGAACAGGCUGCUACAAGACCCCUAAUCGGGGACGUUGUCACUGCACUGACGUAUUUAGCUUCCCAAACAUAUGAUCCUAAUGCAGCUGCUUCUCAAAGCAAUCGAAUGAGUGGAUCUACUCCACGAGCCCGAGACGAGCGGAGAGGUUUUCCAGAUGGGUUGGAUAGCCCCGAUGAGCGUGGCCGCGGACGUGGCUCCCCAUCAAACUACAAAAACUCACCUGAUUACAGAAAGAAAGAGCUCCAUAGGGAAUUGAGUCGUGGUGGUACAGAGCUCGGCAAACUCGACACUGGAGGCGGGUCUGGUCGAAAGUGGGGCUUGGAUGAGUUGGAACGACAAGAAUCUCUGCGAGACAGUCCUGUAUAUACCGGGAGAGCAAGGGAAACACCGAGGAACCGUGAUCUAAACAGAGAACGUGCAGUGGCAGAAGCAAAAGUGUGGGGUGAAAACUGGAGAGAGAGAAAGCGGGCGAAUGCGCAGGGCAGCUUCGACGGUUCACAGGAAUGAAAAGGGAAGAAGGUCGAAAUUCGUCGUCGCUUUUUGGUCGAACGAAGCUGCCAGUGCGUACUAGUGUAGACCAGAGGUAAAAUUGCAGGAAGAAGAAGAGGAAGGAAAGAUUCAGAGUAAAAAAAGUAGAGGUAUCUAUCAAUCUACAGUCUACAAUCUAUCUUCCAAUUGCAAGUCCAACCCAGAAAAUAAAAUUUUUUCUAGUAUCAAUUGAAUCCAAGUUUUACUACUGUUGUUGCUGCUAGUUCUUCUUCUAUGAGUGUGGUAAACAAUGGUGAGGUAGAGGAGGAGGAGGAAGAAUGGGUAGUCGAAUCGGGGUGUCGGUUGGGUCAUGUUGGGUCGGGUCGGGUCGAUUUGGAAAAGAAGUAGCGAGUUUGGUGUGGGGUUUCCAUUGUUAGCUAUGGCUAUUACUUCAGUUCUUUCUUCUUACAAAUCCCUUUUCUCUCAUA